GCAUUAUUGGCUAAAUUAGGCAUUUAAUGGCUGGAUAUAUAAACAGUAUGGUUUAACAAAACCUUUUGAAGGCAUUGCUACUUGCAAUAUCUUCUUUGCUACAUACUGUUAGGGGCACCAGUGAGGGGCACCAGUGAGGGGACACAUAUUGAUUCAUAAAUGCUCCCACUGAGUCAUAGGACACUUGUUAAUUGUGUCUGUAUAAUUGUAUAUAUGUAUAUACAUAUACAAAACACAGCCAUCAACCACACCGAACAGCAGACUUAUAUAGUGUUGGUGUACACACUGUAAACAUUACAUGUCACAGAUCGCUUGAUCCACCAUAAUGAGACUUAGAGAGCUCUGUCCAUCUCACUGGACACUUGUGAUCAGACCAUGUCAUAUAUGCAUAUAGCCAUUGUAUUGAGGUAUUGAGGAAAGAGAAACGUCAGGUCACGGCAAGUGUUUACUUUCAGGUAUUUAUAGCUAGAUGAGAAUAUAGCCCUGAGUCACGUUUUGUGUACCUCUGUGUACAGGUACAGAGAUCGUGACAGGCGGGUAACACCCCAUACAAGGAUGUACCCUGGUCGACAUGAGAGGCUGGACAGAGCUCUCAUCAUUACACCUUAUUAUUGACCUUCACAAUAUGUCUUUGUGUUCAGGUGUGUUUUAUACAUGAGGAGGGAUCUAACACUUCUGUCAUCAGACAUAAUCACAAAAGAAAAGGCCAGUUGUAUAAGAACCAGAUAACAUGGCGCCUCACCUCCAAGUAGCCUCCAUAGUACUUGGUUUCACUCUCCUCCACCUGGCCAUGGUCAAUACUCUGGACAGUAUGGAAGUCAAAGAUAUGUGCAGCAAUUCCUACAUGAGCAUUAAGGAGGUGGGGCCAGGCGCUGUGUUAGAGGUUGGAGCAAAUAAAAUCCCUGCCCAGAACCCCUGUGUGAUGAGAGUGGAUACAUGUGCACACUGCAAGAUUGAGGUAGAGCCCUACGGUAAAGACUUCAAUCUACUGGGCUGUGACAGAAACUAUGAUAUCACUGGCAAGGCAUGUCCUGUGGGAUGUCAAUACCUGUACAUUUUUGACCAGUUUUAUAAGAACCAGACGAUGGCUUUCUACAGGGACAGCUCCACUACCAGCUGGAACUUACACUUCGUGUCCGAGUCGAGUGUUGUGUUUAUAGGGUUCUGUCAUGGAAACUUACUCCUCAACAGGAGCAUACAGCUUCGUUUUACAUUACAAGCCAAGGAGGAACAUUACAAAGGGUCAAGUGGCAUGUCUACCUCAGGGGAAAUUAUUUCACCAUUCUUCCCAGACCUGUACUCGUUGAACUCCGAGUCCUACACCUACAUCAUUGAGAGUUCAAAUCAGAAUGACUACGUCUACCUCAUCUUUACAGACUGGGACCUCUCUCCUACCAGUGGGGUGUUUGUUGAGUGGGGAAAUUCAGAGGCCUUGUACAGAUAUAUUGAUGAUCGCCCUGUAAUCAUGGCAAGCUCUCAUAAGGUUAAAAUUGUGUUUGAUACCGGCUAUGAGUACCAACAUGGAGUGCUCAGGUCUAACAUGGGGUUCAGAGUCAAAUACAGGUAUAUCAAUGCCAACACAGAAUAUACACCUGUCCCAUCUACUAAUUGUGGGGAGUAUAGUUUCAGUGGUGGAGGAAAGCUAAUGUUAGAUACAUCUUCUACCAUCAACUACAAGUACUACGACUGUGUGUGGGUGGUUCGUACUGCACCGGAAUAUACUGAUUCCCUGCUCAACAUCAUCAAGUUCUCCAUCGGCUCCUCUAACUUUAAUUCUGAUGAUUACAUGGAGAUUUAUGGCGGUUUGUCCUCCAAAGGAAAGUUCCUGACUCGUAUCCGUAGAGGGGAUUCAAUCACAAAGUGGCAAUAUAAACAUCCGGAAGGUUUCUAUAUUCACCUGUUUGGAAAGUUUGGACGGCUGGACAAGGUGCAACUCUCCUUUGUUUCUCUCAACAUGGAACAAUUGUGCAGCGGCACCAAUAAUCUGUGGCGGUGUAACAAUGGUUACUGUAUCUCUUCCACUUACAAAUGUGAUGGCAUUGACCAUUGUGGAGAUAACUCGGAUGAACAGUACGGAUGUUCAGGUAGUGGGUCCCCUUGGCAGAAGAGCAGCCAGCAGACCCUGGCCUUCAGUGUGGUCAUUCCAGUGGUCAUCUCAGUCUUCCUCAUCAUCAUUCUGUUUGUACUGUUCAUGCUGGUCAGGCGGUACCGACGGGCCCAGAGGGACGUGAUCCGUCGGGCCUCAGACGGUCUGCCCUCCAUCAGUGAAGAUUUGUCUCACCCACACGGACGUCGGAGAAGGCGGCGACACCGGGGUGUGGUUGGAGAGGACCUACCCCCAGCUUACGAGGAAGCUAUACGAUCUCCACCCAUGUACCCAGACAUUAGUUUAGACCCGCCUGGUCCUGGCCACUGGAUGCUACCAAAGCCUCCUCCAUAUUCCGAGUCUGUGGCUACUCCUUCUGGACCUCCCAUGCCUCCUUGCUUUGAACGAGUUGACGCUGUGUCUGCAGAAUGUCCCUCCAACUCCUCAUCGGACUCCAGUGAGUCAGAACAGUGGGAUAGACCCCGUACCCAUCACCUGACUGACGACAGCUCGGACGCUUCCCCUGUACCAAGAGUACGGGCCACUCAUUCAUACAGCACUUCCUACAGUUCCGAGUCUUCAUUUGAGAAUGCACAUAUCCCAAGGCAAGCAAGGUAUGCUGUCACAGAUGCUGAGUCCAUGGACAGGAGGAGCAGGUCUCCUCCCAGACAGGAAGAGGAUGGACUGACAGAGCUUCCUAUCAGACAGCUGCUAGUACCUGACACAGAAGUGGCAUCUCAGGACACAGACGGACGUCACAAGGACAAUCAGACAGAAAUAAACCCACGUCAACAGGGUCUACCUACAGAGAGGCAAUCAGGACAGCAUGGGCAAGACCCAUCAACAAGACGAUGGAUAGGCGGCAAAUAUCAGACCGCACCAACAGAAAGACCAGCAGAUAGAGUUCAUCGUAACAGACAAACAAACAGACAUCAUCAUAACUUGUCUGCAGAAAGACGAGGAGACCGUCAUUUUCCAGACCAGCCAAGGGAUAAGCAGAUAGAUAGACGUGAAGAAGUUCGACGAAAUUUAUUUAAAUCAUCAGAAUCUUCAACUCAUAAAACACAUAAUAAAUCACAAACAAAACCAACACGUGAUGAUUGUAAUAAGCAUAGACUUUCGCCUGCUAAGGUAGAAACAAGCCAGAUCAAGGAUGGUAACACAGUCAAGAUAUCUGACCGUCAGAAGCAAACAAGGACACGGCAUGAGGAUGCAAUCAAUCAGGCGAAGGGUCCACAUGAUGGUGAGCAGUCUUGUGGUAGGCCCAGUCAGCUCCAUACUAGCAUGCCCAAUAUAGCAGAUCCUUCAUCCCUCUCCAGGCCAGGUUUCCAGUCACUCAACAACUUCAGCAGUGCUGGCGUGAUCCAGGAGUCCAUUGGCAUGUCUGACAAUAUCCAGCCCAAGCAUAGACAGUAUGCAAAGUCGCUAGAGAACAUCCCGCAGGUAGCUGGCUCCCAGGCCUUACGCCCCUUCCUCUUUGAUGGCGAGCUGGACCCUGUUAGGCCAGGACAGAGUCGGAAGUCAUGGUCUCCCAGGGAAGCAGUGACAAGACCGAUGUGUGAGGAAAACCCUGGUUCUAGGGAGGCUCUCUGUGGGGACAGUAACACACUAGUCAGGCCAGACGAGUUGAAUGGUUCCUCGGGAUGUGUAAAUGCUGCGUUUUGUGAGUCACCUACAAGAGAAAUUCCUCUAGUAUUAAUAUCUCGACAGAGAAACGCUAACUUGCCAAGAGUUAUAACAGACAUGCAUGUCACUUCCUCUGAUCGCUCAGGGCCAAGGUCACAUGUCCGACAACAGCCGCGUAUAAGGCUCCGAUCAGAGUCGACGGACAGUGAAGAUAAUGAGUGUAAUGCCUGAUCAUUUUGUGUUUAUUCCGAACAUCACUUCUUUUCAUUCCAGUUCUUUCUUAAAACUGUGAGGAAGCUAAGGAUGUGAUAUGAAAAUGUGCAUUGUAUAAUCCCAUUUAUCUGAGAGAAAGUUUCACAUGCUACCGAGAGUAUCAAAGUCCUGUGAAUUAUUCAUCUUGGAUCUUAUUCAUGAAGGACAAUAGAAGAAUUUAGGAAGAAAAGAAAGGAUCAGAUGUUUUCUCCUUCUAUAUGUAUCUGUGUACCCCAUGACAUUGUACCAUUACAUAAAUUAAUGCACCAACAUUUGUGUAAGUCACCAAUUUCAUAAAAUUUUGCACUUGUAUAAAAAAUGCUAAAAGUAUGUACAUUAAGGUAUCACUGUACUAUAAAGUGGAUUUGCAUAAUUUUUCUAUACGAUUUUAUAUUUAAAAUAUUGUAUCAAAAGUGCUAUAUGUUGAAAUUCCAAUGCAUAAUUGCUUAGAUAAUGAAAGUGCUUUGAAGACUAAGCAUUAUUGGUAUAUAUAUUGUUCUGUGCAUCCAAUAUUGCCCAAACAUCUAUUAUAAAGAUACCCCUUGUCACAUUUAGGAAAAUUUAUCUUCAAAAUUUCUCCUUUUUGACUUCAUCAUGUAGUUAGAUAUGUUUUUAAUGAACCCAGUUAGACCUGAAAAUUUGAGAUGGAGAUUGAACGAGGCUCGGGCAAUUUCUUGCUUACAUAGCAAUAAACUACAUAAUAUAUGGUGCAGACCUACAGUUGUAACUUCCACGUGUGUCACAUAUAAGCUUACCAUGGUACAAGUGAUCAUCAUAUCAUGACACACAUGGCAGUUGUAGCAGAAGGUUAGCUAUGUCCUACAGGUAUAUAGUUUAUCAGUUACAUUUUUGCUUUUCUUGCAUUUGACAAUUUUUGUUGUAGUUUAACUAAAUAGUGUUAUCAGGAAGUCAUAGUCCUGGCCGAGAGAACAUCAACAACUGUUACGUCAUCAGGAAAACAUGGGGGCUGAAGUCAUACUCUCAUAAUUGCCACUACUUUCACAGUUAUAUGUAGAAGUCUCCCUGAAGAAAUGUAGAUAUUGUAAUAUGUGAUGAAACAUAUCAAAUGGAAUUGGGCAAUAAAGAAAUCUAUGUUAUAAAUAACCUUAGUAACACUAAGUCAGAUAAUUAACACUGAACAGACUUGAUCAAAUAGAGUGUUAGGAAAUCCACCACAGUAUACUAGGUAGUACUG